AUGUUACAGAGAGCAGCUAACAAUGCAUAUUCAUGGUGGUGGGCUAGUCAUAUCAGAACAAAGCAGUCUAAAUGGAUGGAUCAAAACCUUCAAGAAAUGGAGCAACAGGUAAAGGCUGUUCUUAAGCUGCUGGAAGAAGGAGACUCGUUCGCAAGGGGAGCCGAAAUUUACUACAAAAGGAGGCCCGAAUUGAUCCAUUUUGUGGAAGAAUCCUAUAGAGCUUAUCGAGCCUUAGCUGAAAGAUAUGAUCACUUAUCAACUGAGCUACAAAAUGCUAACAGCACCAUUGCUUCCGUUUUCCCAGAGCAGCUUCAUUUCGCGAUGGAGGACGAAGACGAAUUCGGGUCUCCCAAGUUCUCGAAAAAGCCAUUGGAGAACUCGAAGGGAUAUUCCUAUGUCCCCCUAUGCAAUAUCCCCUCUGUCCCAAAUGUCCCAACCCUCUAUUUAAAAGAUGCUAAGGGCUCAGUCACAUCAGGCUUCAAGAAAAAGCAACAUAAGAUAAUAUCACCAAAAGGGAGUAUUAGUGUGAUUCCGAAAUCCGGUUUGAGUAUACCCCAAGGACUUGAUGCGAUUCAUAGGCUUCAGAAACGGAUCCUGGCAUUGCAGACCGAGAAAGAGUUCGCUCGCAACACCUACGAGAGUGGGAUGGCCAAGUAUUGGGAAUUAGACAAUGAGAUUCAAGAGAUUCAUAAGCAACUUUGUGGCUUGGAAGAUGAGUUUGGCGAACUUAAAGUGAUUGCAGAUGAUGAGGCUCGAAUCCUGAUGGAAGUGACCGCUUUGAAAUCUUGUAGAGAUACAUUGGCUCAGCUCGAAGAGAAACAGGAGAGGUUUGCAAUGGAAGCUCAAAUCGAGCAUAAAAGGGUCAAGGUUUCGAGGGAGAAGUUGAACGCCCUCAAGAAAAAGUUCCAGCUUUUGAAUGAAGUCAAUCAAGAAAAGGGUGCUAGCGACAAUGAUGAUAACCAAAAGAGAAAGGAAAUAGAAUAUUUAAAGGAGAAUAUCACGAAACAAUUUGAGGUUUUCUUUAGUGGAACUUUGAGUGUGACGGAGAUGGCUGAGAAGAUCAAUGAACUCCUGAACAACAUGAUCAACUUAAAAAGCACGGUCACAUCUCAGUCGAUUCUUGUCCAAAGACUACGAAUCGAGAUCGAUGAGCUACAGGCUCAAAUUGAGGUGUUGGAAGAUGAAAAAGCCACAUCGAUUGAUGGGAAAAAUGAUGUGACAUUGAAGAAGAAGAUAAGGGAAAUGGAGGAGAAGUUGAAUGAGAUUCAGGAUUUGAGCCAGACUGUUGAAGAUCAAAACAACAAUCUCCAAAUAUAUUUCACUGAAGCAAAUUGUAGUAUUGAUCAUAUUUCUGAAAAAGUUGAUAGUAUGAUGCCAUUGCCAGAUGACAAGGUCGAUGAAGUAGAGAAGAGCUCAUCCAUGGAAGUCAAAUCAUCAAAUGAGAAGGAGACCAAAACAGGCAUUGAGCUUGAAACAACAACAACAGGGACUGUCAUGGUGUCUACUUCAUUACAAGGGAAGGACACCGAAGCCGCAAAAGAGCAUGAAUCUGAUGCAACUUGUACAAAUGGAGGGGUUAUUAGCCAUGAAACUUCAAUGGCUUCGAAGAAAUGUGAAGACUCGACAGCGCGAGCUUCUUCACUGACAGUGAACACCAUUGCCAAAGUUGGAAUAGAAGGGGAUGAGCCAAACUCGAAGCAGUUGUUGUCGAAAGGUAUUGAAGACAAAGAGAAGGAUAUAUUGAUGGAAUACAGUCUGAAGCUUCGAAACCAGAAUAAGGAUACAGAGAAGAAGCUGAAGGAAGCUGAGGCAAAUAACCAAAAUGGGAUGUUUGAGAUAAUGUCGCAGCUGAAGGAACUUAAAGAGAGUAAUGCCAUGAAAGAUGAAUUAAUCCGAUCUUUACAAGAGAAACUAAGCUUGGUGAAGCAAGUUCAGUGAUUUCUGAGAAAAUAGUGGUUAUCGAAACUCAGCCUGCACAGAGAGAGCCAAGUAAACGAAGGCUUCGAUGUGAUCGAUGCGGUGAUGCAAAUUGCCAAGUCGGGAACUACUUCAGAAAUCGAAGAUAAGUUCCGGGCGGACAUCGAUGAACUACUAGAAGAGAACUUGGAUUUCUGGUACAGAUUCAGCACUACAUUCCAAGAGGUGAACAAGUUUGAAGAACGAGUGAAAGAUUUAUAGGCGGAGGUAUCAGAAAUCGAGGAAAGAAGAAAGGAAAGCAGAGAUAACAAUAAAAACAGUGUGAAAUAUGCGCUGCAAUUGGACGCAUGGCCACUGUACAAACAUCUCAGAGAGGUGCAGAAGGAGUUGAGUGUGUGGAUGGAAAAGGGUGUAAUGCUAAAAGAAGAACUGAAGGAGCGGUUCUCGUCAUUGUGUGAGAUCCAAAAAAUAACAAGGGCUUUGAAAGCAAGUGCUGAAGAUGAUGAGUUCAAGUUCUCAAGCGACCAAGCAGCUAAAUUCCAAGGCGAGAUAUUGAACAUGAAACAAGAGAACAUCCGAGUUGCAAUCGAAGUGCAAGCUGGUCUGAACAAUGUAACAAAAUUGCAGCUUGAAUUUGAGAGGAACCAUGCAAGAUUGAGUGAAAAAUGGGGAAUUUCGGGGUCUAAGUGA